GGAGGAUGGCCACUCUAUAUCAAGUUGGUACGAACUACGGUACGGCCGCGGGACGCACACGUUUCUCACGUCACUCACGUACGAAACACGCGCCGCGCGGGAAACGUGGGAUUUUCACGUAUGGGUACCGAUUGUGAAACUUAUACGCUGCUUUUUUGAGGAACGUCCUUUAUUUCGAAUCUGAUAUUUCUAAUAGUACAUGCAUAUUAUAAAGUGGUUUCAAUUUAUACAAACUUUACGAUCUAUCCGUAAUGUGUGAUUUAGAAAAAACAGAAAUAUUAAGUGCAAUAUCAUAUUAUUAUAUAUUUGACAGAGUGCUAUGUGUUACGAUAAAACAUUAACCUACCGGUCAGUCUGAUGUUCGAAAGUCCAGUCAUUGUGUGUGAUUGAUAUGGGAGCUAUAAGGAAAAGGAACCACACUCACGCGGAAAAACCGAAAGGAAAACUAAGGAGACUUCGGGAUAAUGCAGGCAAAAUGGCAAGAGGGAGAGAAGAUAAAAAAUUGGAAGACGAAGAAACGCCAAUAACAUAUUUCAACGGGGCAUGCGACGAUCACUCAUGUGGCGAGAUCGAGGAAGUAGCGUGUAAGCCGUACAACAACAACACACAACAUUUUUGUCUGUGUACUUCAAAUGGGAAGCCCACUGUCAACUACAAAUGCCCGAGGAGUACAGUGCCAGUGAAUCCUAAUCCGAUUCACAACGUCAUCCCACCGCUAGCACGCACGUCGAACGCCUCAGACACGAGAUACGCUGCGUCACCGCCCACCGCACAAAUUUCUAAGUCACUAGUAAACAAUGAGCUUCACUCGGACUCGUCAGCGAGUGAUCCCACGAUGCAGGGUGUAGGCUUCGUCGGUGGUACGGGAGCACUAUGGGCUGCCACUUCCUUAGGAGCAUUACUUCUCCUCAUCGUGUUUGCUACCAUUACAGUAUAUUACCUCAGGAGACGGAUUCGCCUUGUUGAUGGAAAGACACCACCGCGUCGGUCAGGAGAACCUCUGCUUGCUGAACGGUAUAUAACGAACCCCCAGUACGGCGUCUACGGAGCGGGACCAGUAGCUGCGCCAGCGUCCAUCGCCGGAACCGUAGGCCCAAUCAGCGCUGAUGAUACAAACGAUCCCCAGGUCCCUCUAUUAGACGGCAAUGCAUUGACGUUCCUGGAAGAAGUCGGCGAAGGAUGUUUUGGCAGAGUUCAUAAAGGACUAAUGCGAUCGAACACCGGUGAACAAGUAGUGGCUAUAAAGGUGUUAAAGGAAAGUGCAAAUCGUAGCGCAGAAGAGGACUUUGUGAGAGAAGUGUCCAUUAUGUCAGCUUUCAGACAUCCCAAUAUUCUCACGCUAGUCGGAGUUGUGUACAGAGACGAUAUAAAUGCGAGCCCUUGGAUGGUGUUCGAGUAUAUGGAAUGGGGUGAUUUAGCUGGCGUACUACGCGGAUCACGAGGAGGAGGCCGCCCAGGUCCUGUUCUAGAUGAACCUGCACUACUCCAUGUGGCAUUACAAGUAGCUCGUGGUAUGGAAUAUCUCGCUACUCGACGUUUUGUGCACAGAGACCUCGCCGCCAGAAACUGUCUAGUCGGUGCAAAUCUUACAGUAAAAAUUGCUGAUUUUGGAAUGUCACGAGAUGUUUAUACCUGUGACUAUUACAAAAUGGGUGGUGAGCGGCCUAUGCCUGUACGCUGGAUGUCUCCGGAGAGUAUAGUAUACGCGCGAUUCACCCAUGAAUCGGACGUUUGGUCAUAUGGAGUAGUUUUAUGGGAAAUAUACAGUCGUGGUAAACAGCCUUUUUACGGUCACAAUAAUGACGGUGCUACUAAAUUGAUAUUGCAAGGUAUAGUGUUGGUGCCUCCCGAAGACUGUCCGAGAUUCGCUGGCGAGCUAAUGCGCGCCUGUUGGAAAUCAGAUCCUCGUGACAGAAUACGAUUUGAUGAAAUUUGUCGAAAAUUAGAGGUAGCAGCGGCUACCAGUGGUUCCACGGUACAAACACGACUGCCACGUCCUCCACCUCCCGCUCAGGAUAUAGAAGGAUAUCUGAUACCCGCUCAACUACCGCCGGUAGACUAUUUAGCGCCAUUACCAGACCCUGAACAGGAAUCGGAAUCCGACUUGAGUGAGGACGAUGACGACGAAGAGUACACUUGACGUCCACCACCGGUUCCGGCGUCGCAAUACGUGCCGCGCUCAACGCCUUUAGCCGCCGCUGCCGCUGCCGCUGUUGCCUUCACAUUCCUGCAAAAGACUAUUGACGACAAGUUCGAGUGUUAACACAGCAACAAGCGUAUGAGUUGUCUAUGACAGGGGACAUUUCAAAUCUGAAGGUGAUACUCAAUUACCUAAGUGUGAUAUUUUUUAUUAAUUAGGUAACUUUCAGUCUUUAAAUUUAUGUGACUAAAUGAAUAUAAACCUGUACGUUUAGAUCUUAAGUGAAUCAACGUGUAAAUAAAUUAAAUAACCUAUCAUGUGCCAUAUACCAAAAAUAACCAAGUACCUAAUAAAUUACAUUUAGUGGUAAGUAGAAAUUAAAUACAAGGUCCUAACAACCAUUAAGUAAAAAAUAAAUUAUAUCUCGUUAGACCCAAUCGUUUCCAAUACAGUACCGAUUAUGCUAUAUUUAUACUUAUACUCAAUAAAAGCAUAAUAAUUCGAGACAAGUUUAUUAUUUUUUUAAUCAUUUUAAGUAAUCUAAUAUUAUGUAUCUACAUGAGUAGGUAUUAUAAUAAUCACGUCAAUAAAUAAAUAAUAUUCAAGUACAUAUCUAUAUUCAAUAUACAUACGUAGAUACCUCGAAUAACAAUGACAAAAAUAAUAAAACCAGCAAUUAUAAAUAUAUUUUUAUACCCCUAAAUUGUAAAUAUCAUCAAGAUUGUUGUUGUAAUUAAUACACUUUGGUAUUUAUUUCAGAAUUGUUUAGACUUGGGUCCAGUCAAUGAACACUACACAUAAAAAAGAGAAUUCGAAACAUAUUACAAUUUUAAUCAUUAUUUCUUAUAUUUGUGUUUUGUUUUCUGGCACAGUAUUAUAUGAAGAUCACUUAACAAACCAUGUCGAAUUUGCAAAAUAAUCAAGGAAUUAUAAAUACGGAGAAAUCAUAAUAUAAUAAUGUCUUACGUAAUGCAAUUGAUUGAAAUUGACGGUCAAUUUAUUUAUAUUUUUUUUACAGUUUAAAUAAUUUUACUAGUUACAUAUACUAGUUUUACUAGUGUUUAAGAAGUAUCGAUCGUUGUUUUAUCGUUGAUUAAGUAGAAACAUAAAAAAUCAUUUUUAUGUUAGUACUUAAUAAAUUAAUCGUCUUCAAUUUAUUCAAUAUUACUUCUGAAUUUAUUAAAUUUUUAUAAUUAUACACUGACUGAGCCCAGGAUCGAAAUUAAUCAUUUCCAUUUAAAUAUGAUAAAUUUAAAAGAGUUGUUUGUACAAAUAUUGCUAAGUACAUAUAAUUCAAAAACUAAGUUAAUUUAUUUUCGCAAUACAUACCUACCUAUAUUAAUUGAUUGUAUGAAUCUUUUUGCGUGUCUAAUCUUUGUGAAAUUUAUGUCUCUUUUAAAUGUAUGUAGACAACUAUGGUUGUACAUGUGUAAAUUGAAUUAAGUAGGUAGGUACAUAGAUACAAAAAUAAACAUUUUAUAUUUGUAGAUUUCUAUUGAAACUGAACAGCCUACACAACAGUGUUCUAUCUAUAGGUAAAUAAUACAAUCAUCGCACCGAUGAAAACAGUCUGGAUCCUAAUGUUGUUUUUUUUUUUUUUUUUUAAGUGGUUGUUAUUAUUUUAAAUAUCACCACUCUCCAUAAUUUUCGAAGAUGGUGCAAUACAUAGAUUCUUAGUAUAUAUGUAUAUUACAUUAGUCCUUAUUAUAGUCUCACGGACUCAUUGAGAUACAUACAAGCUGUUUUGCUCGAAAAUGAAUAACCCGCUUUUAUAUUUUUUAUUAUUGAUAGGCACUUUUUGUUUCUCUUAAUGUGCUGCAAUAUCAUACAAAUUAUAUCUAUUCAAAAGUACAAUAUUUCAUUUAACAAAUAAAUCCCUACCUUUGUACAUAUCCAGAGAAUACACAUACUCAUUUCACAAUAAUUAUUACUUAAGAAGGUACCUACCCACUACGAGCUAACAUUAUGUCAUUUUCGAUGUAAAUUUAAUUCAUAAUACCUGAAUUGGUUUCUUAGAUAUGUACAUAUUUUAUCUAAUAGCUGACUCAGGAUUUAUAAUUUCGGUAAGUAAAGCCUAACUUACAUUACGAAAUAAGUGGUAUAAAACUUGUUUCACGACAUUUUACAACACGUUGUUUAAACUUUUAAUUUCAUACCGCCUAGUGUUUUUACAGCCUAAUGAAAUUGUUUGUUAGCAUAUAACAAACAUUUUCAUUUAACUAAACGCGUGUUGCUGUGAAAUUAAACAUACAAUAUAAUGCCUAUACAAUACAGCUAUCAGGGGGAAGGAAUUGGUAGUAAUGCGGACCACUAGUUCUAUUGUUAGUAAUAGAGCCUAUCAGGUCGACCUCCACGUGGUUCUCCCUGGAAACCAUCGCGCUGAUUUCUAGAUGUACUAUUCAUCGCGAUGAACUAAUUGACCUGCCUUUUCAUCCGUCACCGGUGCGGUCCCCGUCAGCGUAUAUCGUUAGCGCAGGCGGAGUUGCUAUUCAAUUGUCAUCCAUUAAAAAAAAUACAGCUAUCAGAAAAUUAGUAUUCUUCUUGGAUAUUGAAAUUACAGCACUGGAAUUAAUUUAAGUACAAAUUAUUUAACCAGUUUGGUAAUGUAAAUUAGGCUUUAAUUUACAAUAAGUAAUAAGUACCUUUCAAUUGUCAACUGUAAUUAAGUAUGUGUGUAAAGUAAAAAAAAUUUAGUUAUCUCUAUCGCAAAAUUUUCACAAUAAAUUUUUUAUUUAGGUGUUACUUUAGUAUCAAAAUUAUUAUAUAUAACAUAAAAUAAACAAAGUAAUAUUAUAAAAUCAAUAAUUUUGCAUAGUCUAACCCUAUAUAUUAUUUUAAACCUUUUAAAAGUGUUAUUUCAACUCACACUUAAUUAAAUGUAAUACUUAUUUCAAACUUACUGAAAGAGUAUAUUUUGGUCUUAUAUUAUAUAGAUAGAGUGUUUCCAUACAAAUGCUUCGAAAAACGCGGGUCAACUUUUUUAUACAAUUGUGCACGUCAUCUAAGAUUUUGAUAAUAUGUACCUACCUAUAAAAUAUUAUACCAUCAAGAAUGUUUAUAUA